CUGCUUGAACACACCACGGAAGUGUGAGACAAACGUUGAACGGCAUCUCCAGUCAACCAGUUUCAUUAGUGAGCAUUUUCAUUUUAAAACGCUGUGUUUAUUUUUACUGCUAAGGGAUAGCUAACGUCUUAAAACAGACACCGUUAAAGUGAAAUAUGCCUCGGAGAAAGAGGAAUGCUGGGAGCAGCUCCGACGGCACUGAAGAUUCAGACUUCUCUGCUGACCAUGAGCACACAGACAGAAUCGAGACCUAUGGGAGAACACGGAGGAACACGCGCCUCACCCGGGCAUCGCUGCGACUCAGCCAAAGUUCACAAGAUUCCAGCCCUGCCCAGAUCAGCCCAGCAGAGGUGGUGACCUUCUCUGCCCGGCGAGUGACCCGUAGCCGUAGUCUGCAGCAAGGGCCGCCAGUCACCCCCAAGAAAUACCCUCUGCGCCAGAGUCGCUCUUCGGGGUCGGACACGGAGCAGCAUGUGGAGGACCUGAAGCGAGCAGCAGACCAGGACGAGUCUCCGCCCCGYACCCCAACAGGGAACGCCCUCUCAUCGGAGUCGGACAUUGACGUGUCCAGCCCUAACGCCUCUCAUGACGAGAGCCUGGCCAAGGAGCUGUCACUCAAAGACUCUGGCAGCGACCUCUCCCACAGGCCCAAGCGCCGCCGCUUCCACGAGAGCUACAACUUCAACAUGAAGUGCCCUACACCAGGCUGCAACUCCCUGGGCCAUUUGACAGGGAAACAUGAGAGGCACUUCUCAAUAUCUGGCUGCCCUCUCUUCCACAACCUCUCUGUAGAUGAAUGCAAGACGAGGGCCUCCUCUCGUGACAAACAGGUGGAGGAGCGGACGUUGUCCCACCGGCAGGAUGAGAACAGACACGCUACCCGUCACCAGGCCCCAACGGAGAGACAGAUGAGGUACAAGGAGAAGGUGACGGAAAUGAGGAAGAAGAGGAACUCGGGUCUGCCAAAAGAGCAGAAAGACCAGUACAUGGAUCACCGGCAGUCCCACGGCAACAACCGAGAGCCCCUCCUGGAGAACAUCACAAGUGAUUACGACCUGGAGCUCUUUCGAAAAGCCCAGGCACGUGCUUCGGAGGAUCUUGAGAAGCUGCAGGGCCAGGUGGCGGAGGGCAGCAACAUGAUCAAGACCAUUGUGUUUGGCCGCUACGAGCUGGACACCUGGUACCACUCGCCCUACCCCGAGGAGUACGCCCGCCUGGGACGCCUCUACAUGUGUGAGUUCUGCCUCAAGUACAUGAAGAGUCUGACCAUCCUGCGCCGGCACAUGGCCAAGUGUGUCUGGAAACACCCACCAGGGGAUGAGAUCUAUCGAAAGGGAAACAUCUCCGUCUUUGARGUGGACGGUAAAAAGAACAAGAUCUACUGCCARAACCUGUGCCUUCUGGCUAAGCUCUUCCUGGACCACAAGACCCUAUACUACGACGUGGAGCCCUUCCUCUUCUACGUCAUGACAGAGGCUGACAACACCGGCUGCCAUCUUGUUGGCUACUUCUCAAAGGAGAAGAACUCGUUCCUGAACUACAAUGUCUCCUGUAUCCUCACCAUGCCACAGUACAUGAGGCAGGGCUACGGAAAGAUGCUGAUUGACUUCAGUUACCUACUGUCUAAGGUGGAGGAGAAGGUGGGCUCUCCAGAGCGGCCCCUCUCAGACCUGGGCCUAAUCAGCUACAGGUCCUACUGGAAGGAGGUGCUGCUGCGCUACCUCAACCAGUUCCAGGGGAAGGAGAUCUCCAUCAAGGAGAUCAGCCAGGAGACAGCCGUCAACCCAGUGGACAUCGUCAGCACCCUGCAGUCCCUCCAGAUGCUCAAGUACUGGAAAGGGAAGCACCUGGUCUUGAAGAGACAGGACCUAAUCGACGACUGGGAAGCCAAGGAGACCAAGCGUGGCUAG